AUGCCACACCGCGUUCUCCUUACCGGCGCAAACGGCUUCAUCGCCCAGCACAUCCUCGCCCAGUUCCUCGAGGCCGGCCACUCCGUCCGCGCCGUCGUCCGCUCCCAGUCCUCCGCCGACCAGCUCAAAGCCACUUUCGCCGCCUACCCCUCCUCGCAGCUCGACUUCGCCCUCGUCCCCGACAUCGCGGCCCCGGGCGCCUUCGACACCGCCCUCGUCUCCGACCCGCCCUUCGACCUCGUCCUGCACACCGCGUCCCCCUUCAACUUCCGCGCCGGCAAGUCCAACAAGGACUUCAUCGACCCGGCCGUCAAGGGCACCACCGAGAUCCUGCACGGCGUGCUGCGCAAGGGCAAAUCCGUCAAGCGCGUCGUCAUCACGAGCUCCAUGGCCGCCGUCAUCGACGGCGCCGCCCCGCCCGUGACGUCCCCGCCCAAGAUCUACUCCGAGAAGGACUGGUUCAAGAUCUCGCGGCACGAGGCCGAGACCACGGACAACCCCGUCAUUCCCUACGUCUCCUCCAAGAUGUUCGCGGAAAAGGCCGCCUGGGAGUUCCUCGUCGAGAAGCAGCCCCCCUUCGACAUCGCGACCAUCAAUCCGCCCAUGGUCUACGGGCCCAUGCACGACGCGUCGUACCUCAAGGCUCCCGCGGAGCUCAACCAGAGCAACUUCAACCUGUACAGCUUCUUCCUCGGCCCCGGACUGACGGAGACGAGCGCUGUCCCGCCAGAGCAGCUGCACCUGUACGUCGAUGUGCGCGACGUGGCGCGCGCGCAUUUGUUGGCGGCGACGAAGCCCGCUGCCGGCGGGAACAGGUUUGUGGUGAGCCCCGGCGGGAUCUCGCACCAGCAGGUUGCGAACUACUUCAGGGAGGCGCUGCCGGAGCUGGCGGGGAGGAUACCAAAGGGCGACCCGGAGAAGACGGCCCUGCCGGAGGGCAUCUUUGGGGUGGAUUCGUCGUCGGCGAAGAGGCUUCUGGGGCUGGAGUAUACGGAUGAGAAGAAGACGUUCACGGACGUCGCGAAACAGUUUUAUGAGAUUGAGAAGCGGGCGACGGCGGCUUGA